UACAAAAAACCUACAUAUCUCCUAAGUACUUCCUAACUAAAACCCAAAGCCAAGAAAUGGCAACCUCAACACCUUCACACGCCAUUUUAGUCCUCUUACUCGGCCUAGCCGCUGUCGGGGCGGCCGCAGUCGACUCGUUCGACUAUGGGGCCGCCCUCGACAAGACCUUUCUCUUCUUCGAGGCACAGAGAUCCGGUAAAUUACCUUCCACCCAACGCGUGAAGUGGCGCGGUAACUCGGGCCUUGGCGACGGAUUUCCUCAAGGGGUGAAUUUGGUGGGAGGAUACUAUGAUGCCGGAGACCACGUAAAAUUUGGUCUACCAAUGGCGUUUAGUGUGACAAUGUUGUCAUGGGCAGCUGUUGAUUUUAAAGAAGAUUUCAUGAAAUUAAAUCAAAUGGGACAAAUUUUGGAGGCAAUCAAAUGGGGCACUGAUUAUUUCAUCAAAUGCCAUCCUCAACAAAAUGUGCUAUGGGGGCAGGUCGGCGAUGGGGCGUCGGAUCACUAUUGCUGGCAGCGGGCCGAGGACAUGACGACGUCCCGGACGGCGUACAAGCUGGACGCCGAGCAUCCGGGUUCUGACCUCGCCGGAGAAACCGCCGCCGCCUUGGCCGCCGCCUCUUUGGCUUUCAAACCUUUUGAUUCUGCUUAUUCUAGUCUUCUUUUAGUACAUGCAAAACAGAUUUUCUCAUUUGCAGACACAUUUAGAGGCUUGUUCAUUGAUUCAAUUGGAAAUGCCAAGCAAUUCUACACAUCAUCUGGUUACCAUGAUGAACUGUUAUGGGCUGCAACAUGGCUACACAGAGCCACAAACGAUGAAUACUACUUGAAAUACGCCGUCGACAACUGCGCCGCCUUCGGUGGGACCGGCUGGGCCGUCAAGGAAUUCUCUUGGGACAACAAGUACGCUGGAGUUCAAAUCCUUCUUACAAAUGUUUUGCUGGAAGGAGGUGCCGGAAAAUACGCCGCCACGCUGCAGCAGUAUCAGGCGAAGGCCGACUACUUCGCCUGCGCUUGCAUGCAGAAGAAUGAUGGAUACAAUGUGAAGAUGACUCCUGGUGGGCUUAUCUAUGUGCGUGAGUGGAACAAUAUGCAGUAUUCUGCAUCUGCUUCUUUCCUCCUCACAAUUUACUCUGAUUAUCUAACCAAGGCCAAGAAGUCUGUGCAAUGCCCAGAUGGCCUAAUCCAGCCUCAACAAAUCCUCAACUUUGCCAAAUCACAAGCCGACUAUAUUCUUGGCAAGAACCCUAAAUCCCUAAGCUACUUGGUGGGCUAUGGCCAGAGCUACCCUCUCCAUGUCCACCACAGGGGUGCGUCCAUCGCCCCCGUCUCCCUCCUCCACUCAUCUGUUGGAUGCGUGGAGGGGUUCGAGACUUGGUACAAGCGCUACCAGGCCAACCCUAACAUCAUCCACGGUGCCCUUGUCGGCGGGCCCAAUGCCAACGAUGAGUUCACGGAUGACAGAUCCGUUUACGAGCAGACGGAGCCGACGUUGUCUGGAACGGCCCCCCUAGUUGGAGUUUUCUCAAGAUUGCACACUCUUUCUGCAGGUCAUGGACAGCCCAGGCCUUCCAGCCCUUACAACAAGCCACAAGUUCCAUCUCCACACUAUGCACCAGCUUCCCCCUCCAAAGCAGCUGUCCCAGUUGAGUUUCUUCACUCCAUAACGAGCUCGUGGAGCGUUGGGGCGGAGAAAUACUACCGCCACAAGGUGGUGAUCAAGAACAUCUCAAAGAAGCCUAUUGGGGGGCUGAAGCUGCAGUUUGAGGGGCUGACAGGGUCACUGUGGGGGCUGGCUCCAACACAGGCAAAGAAUACUUAUGAGCUUCCUCAAUGGAUUAAAACUUUGCAGCCUAAUUCCGAAUGCACUUUUGUGUACAUUCAAGGGGGGGCCCAAGCCAAGAUUUUGGUUCAAAGCUACCAUUAAUCAAUCAAUGAAUUUUGUAUAGGAUUUUUCUUGGGGAAUUUGAUGGUAUUAAUUAGUUUUCUUUUUAUGUCAAUCAUGUAUUAGUUUUUCUAAUUACAUGUAUUGUGAGCUUGGUUGGCUGAGAAAAUUUCUAAUAUUCAGAGACAAAAUGUUUUCUGUUACAAC